GAAGGGGCGGCCCACCGAGAGCUCGGGCCUCCAACUUCACGCUCCUCCCCGCAGCCACCCUGCCUAAGCCCCCGGGACGCUGCCGGCGAGAGGAGACCCCUCGGCGGGCGCCGCGGCCGGGAGUUUUGGAGGCCGGGUCUAGCCGCUCGAGUGGGGUGUUCGCGGCGCAGCUCGACCCUCAACGCCGCCCCCUGCGUGUGGCAGUGGGUCUCCGAGCGUCUGCGGCCCGGGAGGGCCUGAGGAGGGGGACCGGGCGGCGGCACCAGCUCGCAACGCAGGGGGAUUCUUGCGGUGAACAUUUUGCAGGAAUGUAAAUGAACCUUAAGACAAACCAGGGAGCCGGCGACCCUCACCUCCCCCGGGACUGGAGAAGGAGGGAAACCGAAAGUUGCCGCCGCGCCGCGCUCUCCCCGCGGGAGCCGCUUUUCCUCGGGCAUCCCCGGAGCCGCCGUGGGACCUCGCAGGGCGGAUAUAAAGAACUGCGGCCUCUGGCAGAGGCGGAGACCGGCUUCGGAAGAAAGAAGUCCUGGGUACUCCGGCGCGGGGGGAGGCGAGGGCGCGUUUCUGCCCACGCUCCCCGGGGCCCGCUGACCCCCCGCGCGCCCGCCGCGGAGAGAAAAGGGGGCCCCGCAGGCUCGCGUCUGGACCCGGGCAGUAUGGGCGGCCGGUGCGCGCUGGCUCUCGCGGUGUUCUCGGCCUUGCUGUGUCAGGUCUGGAGCUCGGGGGUGUUCGAGCUGAAGCUGCAAGAGUUCGUCAACAAGAAGGGGCUGCUGGGGAACCGCAACUGCUGCCGCGGGGGCGCGGGGGCGCCGCCGUGCGCCUGCCGCACCUUCUUCCGCGUGUGCCUCAAGCACUACCAGGCCAGCGUGUCCCCGGAGCCGCCCUGCACCUACGGCAGCGCCGUCACGCCAGUGUUGGGCGUCGACUCCUUCAGCCUGCCCGACGGCGCGGGCGCGGACCCCGCGUUCAGCAACCCCAUCCGCUUCCCCUUCGGCUUCACCUGGCCGGGCACCUUCUCCCUGAUUAUUGAAGCUCUCCACACAGAUUCUCCUGAUGACCUUGCAACAGAAAAUCCAGAAAGACUCAUCAGCCGCCUGGCCACCCAAAGGCACCUGACGGUGGGUGAGGAGUGGUCCCAGGACCUGCACAGCAGUGGCCGCACGGACCUCAAGUACUCCUACCGCUUUGUGUGUGACGAGCACUACUACGGAGAGGGCUGCUCAGUUUUCUGCCGCCCCCGGGAUGACGCCUUCGGCCACUUCACCUGCGGAGAGCGUGGGGAGAAAGUGUGCAACCCUGGCUGGAAAGGCCUCUACUGCACAGAGCCUAUCUGCCUGCCCGGAUGUGAUGAGCAGCAUGGAUUUUGUGACAGGCCAGGGGACUGCAAGUGCAGAGUGGGCUGGCAGGGCCGGUACUGUGACGAGUGCAUCCGCUAUCCGGGCUGUCUCCAUGGCACCUGCCAGCAGCCCUGGCAGUGCAACUGCCAGGAAGGCUGGGGAGGCCUUUUCUGCAACCAGGACCUGAACUACUGCACACACCAUAAACCCUGCAAGAAUGGGGCCACCUGCACCAACACAGGCCAGGGGAGCUACACAUGCUCCUGCCGGCCUGGCUACACAGGUGCCACCUGUGAGCUUGGGAUUGACGAGUGUGACCCCAGCCCUUGCAAAAAUGGAGGGAGCUGCACGGAUCUUGAGAACAGCUAUUCCUGUACAUGCCCACCUGGCUUCUACGGCAAAAUCUGUGAAUUGAGUGCCAUGACCUGUGCAGACGGUCCUUGCUUCAAUGGGGGCCGAUGCUCAGACAGCCCUGAUGGAGGGUACAGCUGUCGCUGCCCUGUGGGCUAUUCCGGCUUCAACUGUGAGAAGAAAAUUGACUACUGCAGUUCUUCACCCUGUUCUAAUGGCGCCAAGUGUGUGGACCUGGGUGAUGCUUACCUGUGCCGCUGCCAGGUCGGCUUCUCCGGGAGGCACUGCGACGACAAUGUGGACGACUGUGCUUCUUCCCCGUGCGCCAACGGGGGCACCUGCCGUGAUGGCGUGAAUGACUUCUCCUGCACCUGCCCACCCGGCUACACGGGCAGGAACUGCAGUGCCCCCGUCAGCAGGUGUGAGCACGCACCUUGCCACAAUGGGGCCACCUGCCACGAGAGGGGCCACCGCUACGUGUGCGAGUGCGCCCGGGGCUACGGGGGCCCCAACUGCCAGUUCCUGCUCCCCGAGCUGCCCCCAGGCCCGGCGGUGGUGGACCUCACCGAGAAGCUAGAGGGUCAGGGCGGGCCGUUCCCCUGGGUGGCUGUGUGCGCCGGGGUCAUCCUUGUCCUCAUGCUGCUGCUGGGCUGUGCCGCCAUGGUGGUCUGCAUCCGGCUGAGGCUGCAGAAGCGCCGGCCCCCAGCUGAGCCCUGCCGGGGGGAGACAGAAACCAUGAACAACCUGGCCAACUGCCAGCGUGAGAAGGACAUCUCAGUCAGCGUCAUUGGGGCAACGCAGAUCAAGAACACCAACAAGAAGGCAGACCUCCAUGGGGACCACGGCGCUGACAAGAAUGGCUUCAAGGCCCGCUACCCCACCGUGGACUAUAACCUGGUGCAGGACCUCAAGGGCGAUGAAGCCGGCGUCAGGGACAUGCACAGCAAGCGUGACACCAAGUGCCAGCCCCAGGGCUCCUCAGGGGAGGAGAAGGGGAAUCCGACCACACUCAGGGGUGGAGAAGCAUCUGAAAGAAAAAGGCCGGAUUCAGCCUGUUCAACUUCGAAAGACACCAAGUACCAGUCAGUGUAUGUCAUAUCCGAGGAGAAGGAUGAGUGCGUCAUAGCAACUGAGGUGUAAAAUGGAAGUGAGAUGGCAAGAUUCCUGUUUCUCUUAAAAUAAGUAAAACUCCAAGGAUAUAUGCCCCAACGAAUGCUGCUGAAGAGGAGGGGAGGCCUCGUGGACUGCUGCUGAGAGACUGAGUUCAGACCGAGCAGGCUCUCCUCCUGAAGUCAGCGACGCCUGCCGACAGCCUGCCGCGGCCCGGCCGCCUGCGGCACUGCCUUCCGUGACGUCGCCGUUGCACUAUGGACAGUUGCUCUUAAGAGAAUAUAUAUUUAAAUGGGUGGACUGAAUUACACAUAAGAAGCAUGCACUGCCUGAAGUGUAUAUUUUGGAUUCUUAUGAGCCAGUCUUUUCUUGAAUUAGAAACACAAACACUGCCUUUAUUGUCUUUUUUGAUACUAAAAUGUGCUUUUUCUAGAAGGAAAAGAUGUGUGUUAUUUUUUGGAUUUGUAAAAAUAUUUUUCAUGAUAUCUGUAAAGCUUGAGUAUUUUGUGAUGUUCAUUUUUUAUAAUUUAAAAUUUGGCAAAUAUGUACAAAGGCACUUCAGGUCUAUGUGACUAUAUUUUUUUGUAUAUAAAUGUAUUUAUGGAAUAUUGUGCAAAUGUUAUUUGAGUUUUUUACUGUUUUGUUAAUGAAGAAAUUCCUUUUUAAGAUAUUUUUCCAAAAUAAAUUUUAUGAAUGACAA